AUGACUUCAUAUCUGAGCCAGAAAUUCCAGUACUUAACAUCUUUCUCGUCGGAGCCUGAAGAUGUAAAAGAAGGGGAACUUAACUCAGAGAAUAGACAAGAGCUUGAGCAAAGUAAACUCAUAAUUAUGAAGUCUCUUAUCGAAAAACAAGAUCCAUCCGCCAAGAAUGGUAUAUUUGGGAAUGAAUUGCAGGAUGUGGAUGAUUUGAUGAUGCGUAGAUUCUUACGAGCGCGCGAUUUAGACGUCGAAAAGGCGACAGAUAUGUUGAUAAAGUAUCUAAAAUGGAGAAUAGAAUUUGUUCCAAAUGGUUGUAUAUCGCCAUCUGAAAUACGUAACGAUCUUUCCCAGAAUAAGUUGUUUAUGCAAGGAUACGAUAAAACCGGAUCCCCGAUCCUAGUUGUGCUCGCAGCACGGCGUAAGCCCACACCCGUGCCAGAGUUUAAGCGUUUUGUUACUUACGUUCUUGACAAAGUUUGCGCAAGAAUGCCGAGUGGACAAGAGAAGUUCACUUUCAUCGCGGACCUUGAUGGAUGGGGUUUCGCGAACAACGACAUGCACGGAUCUCUAGCAGCUCUAUCGAUAUUGCAAGUAAAACUUCUUUUUCUAUAUUUUUUUAUAAAACAAAUGCGUAUAUUAUGGUAG